GUAAAAAAAUCGACUCACUUUCAGUUGCGCGCACAGUGGUCAGAACUGAUCUGAAGCUAGUUGUUCGGUGAAGUAGGCGACAUGAUUCCUGCUAUGACUAACUUUGAUCACAAGCAAUAAAUAGCCUACAACUCGUGGUCGCUGACAGUCUAUGGAAUAUGUACGUAUACAAUGCGGUAUGAGUGAAGCGAAGUAGGCUACUAGACUACAAGAACAAGCAUUCAUGGCUACCGAUGAGUCAACAGUGAUUGUAACUUUUUCUGAAGUCCAAAGUCGCUUCUAGGCUACAAAUGGGUUCCAUGUUUGAUCUGAGCGUUGCUGGAAGACUCUAUUUGCUGUCUUGUUUCGUUGUAUCUGUGGACUUCACUUUAGGCUUGGGACAAAGCCAAGAUACUGAAUUCACGUUUCAACUCCCUGCAGGUAGAACAGAAUGUUUCUACCAAACAGCUACGAAGAACGGAAGCCUGGAAGUAGAAUACCAGGUGAUUGCAGGUGCAGGCCUGGAUGUGGGCUUCACCCUGAUCUCCCCCAGCGGAUACAAGCUGGCCUCUGAGUUCAGGACAUCUGACGGCAUCCACACGGUGGAGCCUACAGAGGAUGGAGACUACCGGCUGUGUUUUGACAACAGCUUCAGUAAGCUUUCUGAGAAGAUGGUGUUUUUCGAGGUGAUUGUGGAGGGCCAACCUGGGGACACCUGGGGCGAUGAAGAGUGGGCUGACAUGGCCGAGCCAGAGAGUAUGGUGGAGUACAAACUGGAAGACAUCAGGGAGACCAUGGACUCAGUGCACAGGCACCUGGAGCGGAGCCGGCAGCUUCAGACCAUGCUGAGGGCCUUCGAGGCCCGGGACCGCUAUCUACUGGAGGACAAUCUGUGGAGGGUCUCGUUCUGGUCCUCCAUGAGCCUCCUGGUCAUCCUGACUGUGGCCGUCACACAGGUCUACACCCUCCGACGCCUCUUCGACGACAAGAGGGUCUGCAAACCCUAGUGUCCAGUAGUAUCUUCCACCACCCCCACACCCUUCCCAGUGGUAUCUUCCACCACCCCCACACCCUUCCCAGAGGUAUAUUCCACCAUCCCCACACCCUUCCCAGAGGUAUAUUCCACCAUCCCCACACCCUUCCCAGAGGUAUCUUCCACCAUCCCCACACCCUUCCCAGAGGUAUCUUCCACCAUCCCCACACCCUUCCCAGAGGUAUCUUCCACCAUCCCCACACCCUUCCCAGAGGUAUCUUCCACCAUCCCCACACCCUUCCCAGUGGUAUCUUCCACCAUCCCCACACCCUUCCCAGUGGUAUCUUCCACCACCCCCACAUCAUGCGCAGUGAUAUAUUCCAGCAGACCCACACACGGCCCGAUGAUAUCUUCCACCACCCCCACACCCUUCCCAGUGGUAUCUUCCACAAAGAUGCCAUAGAAGGGUGUUGGGACUAACAGGACCCUACUGUAAAGUAAGGGUUUCAGAGAUUGAAGAAGAGAGACUAUUGACAACAGUGAUGUUUGGCAAAUGAGGGACUGUUAGUAAGGAUUUAGUGAUGUUUGUGUGUGAUGAGCUUGAUUCAGCUUUUGAGUGGCAGAAAAGUGCAUGUUUGUGAGUCAUAAACACUGUAUAAUGAUGUUUUGACAAUUCAUUGUCAAACCAAUGCAAUAGCAGAUCAUGUGGUUGUAUGUUUUUAACAUGGGAUCUUAAGAGUGACUUUACAAAUAUAAUUGAUUUAAUGAGAUGGUUAUAACACAACUACAGCAAAAUAAACACACACAAAAAAAACAUUCUACUCUGAAAUAAAUUAAUUCUGGAGAAAGACUAGCCUGAAAUAAAUUAAUUCUGGAGAAAGAGUAGCCUUGCAAAGCCACUGAUCCCGCAAACUUACAUUAAAAGCUGCAGUGG